AUGAAGGGCCUCUCACUGUUGUGGCCUCUCCCGUUGCGGAGCACAGGCUCCGGACACGCAGGCUCAGCGGCCAUGGCUCACGGGCCCAGCCGCUCCGCGGCAUGUGGGAUAACGGACGGGGGCACGAACCCGUGUCCCCUGCAUCGGCAGGCGGACUCUCAACCACUGCGCCACCAGGGAAGCCCUGGGUCAGAAUUUUCAACUUUUGACUUGACAGUGUAUCUGUGUGAGAACAUUGAUCAAGUAACCUCCUUACAAAGAAGAGCCGGAUGCUGGCGUAUUUACCAAAGGAGGUAUAACAAUUGGUCUGAACAAGUCAGGUCUGGUAUUCAUCCUUCAUCCCAGCAGCAGCAAGAUAGAGAAUCACUAAGAAGUGAUGCUCACGUGGACAUCCAAGCAAGAUAUGCUCCCUAUGCCAUUCCAUCCUGUCAUCGGAGAGGCAAUUUUCAGGAACAAGACGAAACCCAUGUUAGCAAGGAGACAGAGCAAAAGCCUCCAGAGAGAAGAAUGGAGAGAAGCAGGCAGGAUGAGACCUUGGGGAGCUGGUUCAAGAUCAGAAUUCCCUUCGGUAUUAAAUAUGAUGAGAAGUGGCUGCUGAAUUUGAUUCAGAAGCAAUGCAGUGUCCCCUUCACCCCAGUCGAAUUUCACUAUGAGAAAAUGCAGGCCCAGUUCUUCGUUGAGAAUGCCAACAUUGCCUUCGCACUGAAGAAUGUCAACGGCAAGAUUUACAAUGAGGCUAAUGAAAGGAUAUCUAUCUUUGUUGAUCCCUGUGAUGCACCCCACUCUGUGCUGAAGGAGCUGAGGUCAGAAAAGGUGGAGCAGAUAAAGCUGCCCGUGAAGGAACAAUAUGAUGCCUCCCAGCAAUCUCUUGACAUCCAGAGAGUCCGCUCUGACCCUGACUUGAUGACCCGUGAUACUGGAAUGGCACGAAACCCUAGAACUGGCGUGGCCGCCUCCCUGCAGAUCCAUCCAGGGAAUACGCCCAAGCUUUUGGCCUUGGACCUGAGCAAUAAGAAACCCUACCAGCUGCACAGCCUGUCCAACACUAUGCCGAAUGCUUCCAACACCAAGAACUUGAACCUCUCCAACACUGAGGUGGAGUCUGCAGGGGAGAUGGACAAGGGUGAGCGGCUGGAGCCAGAAGGGAUGUGUGCAGACAGAAACCCCCUGUGCACCACCUUCCCUGAUAUGUCAACCAACAUAAGCUCCAUCCUGGAAUUGUUCCCCAAGUUACUAACCUUGGAUGACCAGGAGACAUCCUCACUGGCUAAGUGUGGUUUUGAAGCCUGCAAGCGCUUACCAACCUGCAAGGGAAGCUACUUUGGAUCUGAUGAGCUGAAGAACCUAGUCCUGCAAUUCCUGCAGCAGUACUACUUGAUCUAUGACUAUGGAGACAGACAGGUUCUCGCGGGUGCUUAUCACGAGGAGGCCUGCUUCUCCCUGACGAUUCCCUUCCACCCCGAGGACCCAGCCCCAAGCAGCUUGUGCGAGUAUUUCAAGGACAGCAGGAAUAUGAAGAAGCUCAAGGACCCCUACCUGCGGGUCCAGCUGCUGAAGCACACAAAACGUGUCAUUGUGCACACCCUCUGUGUGUUGCCCAAGACUCAGCAUGCCUUCAGCUCCUUCGUGGUGGACACGUGGUUCCAGACGGAAAGGAUGCUCUGCUUCUCCGUCAGUGGGGUGUUCAAGGAAGUGGAAGGAAGUUCUCAGGGCUGUGUGCGUGCCUUCACCCGGACCUUCAUCGCUACCCCUGCCCACUACGCCAGUCUGUGCAUCGUGAAUGACGAGCUGUUUGUGAGGGAUGCCGACCCCAGUGAGACCCACAGUUUGUUCUCCAUCCCACUGUCUACACCCACUUCCAGCUCCAUGCACCGCCUCUCCCAGCAGCAGCAGGACAUCAUGCAGGCAUCCUCCACCCCAUCUGAGUCCAAGGGCAAAAUUCCAGAUGUGACCCUCAUCCACUGA